AAAAAGUGCAGCCGAAAAAUCAACACUCAGCAUCAAGACUGUUUCUUACGGGACGUACAUUUAUAAUACUGUACAGCAGAUACAUAUUUCUUGGUAGGUGCAGGUGUAAUAGUUACAGAGUUAAAGAAGAGUAACACAGCAUCUAAAACUGAACUCUAUAUGAAGAGUGAGGAGGGGCACCACUUUAAAAAUAAGUCUCAAUAAAAUGGAGGAGGACACAGAAACAUCUUCAGUGCUCAGUUGUGUGUCUAUGAAGAGUAAUGAAUCAAUGCAUCUAGUUCCCCCUUAUCUAAGUGAUAAAGCAAUGACCUCUGACCUCAGGCAGCUCCGCACAGAACCAAACCUGCUGGAGGAGACUAAAGACCUUCAUCAGGAUUCUCAUGAACCAGUAGAUGAUGUUCUGCAGAGAGUCAGAGAUCAACACAAAACCCUCAUGAAGAACAGGUAUGAGAGUUUAUUUGAGGCAAUUAAACUUCAAGAGAAUCAAACUCACCUAAAGAGGAUUUACACACAACUGUACAUCAUAGAGGGAGAGAGUGAAGGAGUGAAUGAAGAACAUGAGGUUUUACACAUGGAGAAAAACACCAGAACACAACACUUACAAGACACAACAAUCUACUGCAAUGACAUCUUUAAACCCUUACCUGAACCAGAAUAUAAAACUGAGAAAAGAAGAGAGAGGAAAGACAAAAUCAAGAGCGUUCUUACUAAAGGCAUCGCUGGAAUUGGAAAAACCGUCUCUGUGCAGAAGUUUAUUCUGGAUUGGGCAGAGGGAACAGCCAAUCAGGAUGUAGAUUUCAUGUUUGUGUUUCCGUUUCGAGAGCUGAACUUGAUUCAAGAUGAUCAGUACAGUCUUCACAAACUUCUGCUUGACUUUCAUCCUGAACUUCAAGAUCUGGACUCAAAGAUUUAUGAUGAGUGUAAAGUUGUGUUCAUCUUUGAUGGUCUGGAUGAAAACAGAAUGACACUGAUGUUUACAGAAGCUGAGAAAGUUUCUGAGGUGACUGAGACUUCAUCAGUGCCUGUGUUGAUAGCAAACCUUAUAAAAGGAGAUCUGCUUCCCUCUGCUCUCAUCUGGAUCACCUCCAGACCAGCAGCAGCCAAUCAGAUCCCAUCUAAAUACAUCAACCGUCUGACAGAAAUCCAGGGAUUCAAUGACGAUCAGAAGGAAGAAUAUUUCAGGAAGAGAAUCAGUGAUGAACAUCAAGCCAGCAGAAUCAUCUCACACGUCAGAAGAUCAAGAAGUCUCCACAUCAUGUGUCACAUACCAGUCUUCUGUUGGAUCUCAUCCACUGUGCUUCAAAACAUCCUGAAACAAGUCAAUGAGAGAGCAGAAAUCCCUAAAACUCUGACUGAAAUGUACAUCCACUUCCUGCUGAUUCAGAUGAAUAUGAAGAAUGAGAAGUAUGAUGAGAGAGAUCCAGAGAAACUCCUGCAGUCCAACAGAGAAGUGAUUGUCAAACUGUCUGAACUGGCUUUCAAACAGCUGAUGAAGGGUAAUGUGAUGUUUUAUGAAGAGGAGCUGAGAGAGUCUGGCAUAGACAUCACUGACGCCUCAGUGUAUUCUGGGAUUUGUACUGAGAUCUUUAAGGAGGAAUUUGUGAUGCAUCAGAGGAAAAUCUACUGCUUCAUACAUCUCAGCUUUCAGGAGUUUCUGGCUGCAUUUUAUGCGUUUUACUAUUAUGUCAUAAAAAAUGUCGACACAAUAAAGUUUCUUGAUGUUGUUCAGAGUCUGCACAGAAAGACCAUAGAUAAAGCUCUUCAGAGUGAAAAUGGACAUCUGGAUCUUUUCCUGCGAUUCCUACUGGGCAUCUCACUGGAGUCCAAUCAGAGACUCUUACAGGAUCUACUGACACACACGGUGGACACCUCAGAAACAAUCAGGGAAACUAUUACAUAUAUCAAAGACAAAAUCAAGCAUGAACAGGGUCUCUCAGCUGAAAGAUCCAUCAAUCUGUAUCUGUGUCUUCUUGAAGUGAAUGAUCAGACUCUGUACAGAGAGAUUGAGGAGUUUGUGAGAUCAGACAAACACUCAGAGAAGAAACUCUCUGCUGCUCACUGUUCAGCAAUAGCCUACAUGCUUCAGAUGUCAGAGGAGGUGCUGGAUGAGCUGAAUCUGAAGAAAUACAACACAACACAGGAGGGGAGAAGAAGACUCAUACCAGCUGUCAGCAACUGCACACGAGCUAUACUUGCUGACUGUAAUCUCACGGUUGAGUCCUGUAAAAUGUUGUCUUCAUGUAUCAGAUCCUCAAACUCACCUGUGAGAGAUCUGGAUGUGAGUAACAAUGACCUGCAGGAUUCAGGAGUGAAGCUCAUCUCUGAUGCUCUCAAGAGUCCAGACUGUAAACUACACACUCUGAGAUUAUCAGGUUGUAUGGUGACAGAUGAAGGUUGUUGUUAUUUGGCUUCAGCUCUGAGUUCAAACCCAUCAUCACACCUGAGAGAGCUGGAUCUGAGCUACAAUCACCCACAACACUCAGGACGGCAGAUGCUCUCUCAGAUACUCAAUGAUACAAACUGCGCACUCAUCAAACUUAAUGUGGAUCAUGGAGGAGAGUUCAGAAUUACAGCAGGACCACGCAAAUAUGCCUGUGAUCUCACACUGGAUCCAAACACAGCAAACCCUCAUCUCAUAUUGUCUGAGGACAACAAGAAGGUUACACAUGUAGAAGAUCCUCAGCCGUAUCCUGAUCAUCCAGAUAGAUUUAAAGAUGUUUUGCAGGUUCUGUGUAAAGAGAGUUUGACUGGACGCUGUUACUGGGAAGUUGAAUGGGAUAAAUGGACUCGUAUAGCAGUGACCUAUAAAGAAAUCGUCUCGAAGGGCACCGGGGGCGAGGACUGGUUUGGGCUUGAUGAUAAGUCCUGGUGUCUUUUCUGUACUGAUGAAGGAUUUACCACCUGGCACAAUAAUAAGAAAACAGACAUACCUCCUCCUUCACCUCCAACUAAUAGAGUAGGAGUUUAUCUGGACUGGUCAGCGGGCACUCUGUCCUUCUACAGCGUCUCUGAUACACUAACACUCACACACAUAAACACAAUCAACACAACAUUCACACAACCUUUAUAUGCUGGAUUUGAUGUUUAUUAUGGAGCAUCUCUGUGUCAGAUUUAACGAAGAAUAAUAAAAUCUCAAAUCAGGAUUUGGUUGGUCAAUUCUCAUGACCUGAAGGAGCACCAAAUGAGACUGUUAACCAUCUGUCCCUCGCAGGAGUACAGAUUAUGUCUUAAAUUCUAAACUUUGAUAUACUUUUGAGUGUGUUUAAGAAUAUAAACAUAAUAUUUUUACUAUUAUGUACCAACCACCACAUAAUUGCAAUAUUAACUUUACAUUAACACAGCAAGUGUGUUUAAAGGCAGGGUCCAUAAUCUCUGAAAGCCAAUAUUGACAUUUGAAGACACCAAAACAAACACGCCCCUACCUUAAUAGAAUUUGGACCUUCUGUUGAUAGACCCGCCCCAUACAUACGCAACUCAGACAAUGAUGUCGGUUAGUAGACACGCCCCUUACUGCUGAUUGGCUACAAGUGUGUUUUGGUAGUUGGCCCAACCCUCUUUUCCAAAGCGUUUUUCAGAUAUCGUGCACCCCGCCUUUAAUACAUACAAAGUUAAUACAACCCAUGAAAAACUAGCAAACAAAUUCUCAAGGGUCCAGAGUCCAACUAAAACAAACUCAGAUCACCAUAAUGGUGACUUUAAAUGAAACAAAUCAUCAAAAUAUAAACUUUCAACCUCUGUACCAGUGCUGUGCAAGAAAGGUUAAUGUACAGCCCAGCCCUUAUGACAUCAUAGGGCGAGCCUAAUUUCAAUGAUCUCAUUUUUACAUGCUUGCAGAGAAUAGUUUCCCAAACUAAUCUACUGGGUUGUCUUUUUUACAUUUACUAGUUGGAAAUAUGCAAUGGGGACCCACUUACACUUAAAAAUAGAAAAAGACAGAUUUUCAUGAUAUGUCCCCUUUAGCAGAGGUUUGGAUGGGAUUUUAUUUGAAGUUAGCAUUAUUGUGAUCAAUGUGUGAUUAACGUGGGCUUUUAAACUGGUUGCUGUAAAUAUGUCUUUAAAAUGCAUGAUUGUUAUGAUGAGUCAUAAGAUGAUACAGUAAACAGUACACAAUACUUUUGUUCCCUAUAAACAGUGUGAGAUUGAGGGAAGUUGUUUCAAUCUGAAAAUAACAUGGAGUUUUAAAUCCAUGUCGCCAUAAAAAUGUUAACCAAUGUUUAAGCAUGACCAACACAUACAUCACAAUGGUGACAGAUCAAAUGAGCUGAUGAAAUUCAAACACUGAUUGUAAUGAUGGUGGUUUGCUGAAAUUGAAACUCAGUUGUGUUGUCAAUAAUCUUUUCUUUCUCUCUUUCUCUUUGCACUAAAUGGCAGUGCUGUGGUUGGAAACAAACUAAGGGUACAGUAUUAUUGUAAUUGGACUACCUACCUAAAAAUUAGGUCAUUUAGCCUGAAUCUAAAUGUGAAAUCUAAAUGACCAAAU